GUGGUGACAGUGGAUUGGAUGGGUUAGGAGGACCAGGAGUUCAACUUGGAAGCCCUGAUAAGAAAAAACGCAAAGCAAAUACACAGUUUCUUGCACUGGAAACUUUUCACUACAAAGUUCUGACUGAUAAAAUUAAUGCCAACAGAAGACUGAUCCUGAAUGGGCCUCUCUUUGCAUGUGUGUCAUGAUGACAGUGCAGCCAUUUGUCCAGUAUAUUCUCUGUGAUUAAACUAAAAAUGACACCUGGGUGACCAUGGCAGAAGACCAGCACUCAAAAAAUCUAAGACUUACAGUCCAUGAAUGAACUUUCCAUAACUGAAGGAUGUGUUCUGGAUGACCACAGCUGCAUUCUGGAGUGGUAAGCAUCCCUCCCUUUUUAUUUGAAGCCAUUUUGUAUGCUCCUAUUGAUGACACAAAUAGCACAGCAAAGAUCGGAAAUGGAAACAUUUUCUUCACUUUGUAUAAAAAAGAACCGGCCAUGUGGGAUUCCCUAACCCUAGAAAAUGCUGACAAGGAAAAACUGCAAUAUCUAAGAGAGAAUGCUGUUCUAAAAGCCCAACAAAAGGCAAAAGAGGAGACAGAAGCAAAAAAAGCUACAAAAGAGGAACACAAAAAAUAUGCUUUGGAGGCCACAAUGAAGCUAGAAGAAGCAGAAAGAAAAAGAAUUGAAGAUCUGAAAGAAAAGGAACGGCAGAAAGUCACUGAAGAGUUGGAGUUAUGGAAAAACCAGCAAAAAGAUGCUGAUAAAUACAAAAGCAUACAAAAAGAAGGGGAAUUACAUCAAGAAAUAGGGCAAUUAAAAGAGAGGAAAAAUGAAAAAGUGACCAAAACUAGAAUUCCUAAUGAAGGAACUUCUAAGACCAGACCCAAACCCACAAAAGGUCAUGCUUCCUGUAGUAUAUUUUCACCAAAUGUAAAGGAAGAACAGUUACCAGCUCCUCGAUCUGCUGCUACAAUUAAAGUCAACUUUACCCCACGAGUUUUUCCUACAGCUCUGCGAGAAUCUCGGGUCGCAGAAGAGGAGGAGUGGCUACAUAAACAAGCAGAAGCUCGAAGAACAAUAAGUGCUGAUUUGUCUGAGCUGGAAGAUUUAAAAGAAGAGGAGAAGAAUCCAGAUUGGUUAAAGGACAAAGGAAACAAAAUGUUUGCAAUGGGAAACUAUCUCGCAGCUGUGAACGCCUACAACCUUGCAGUGAGGCUGAACAACAAGCUUCCCCUGCUGUACCUGAACCGUGCUGCCUGCCACCUUAAACUGAGGAAUUUACACAAAGCUAUUGAAGAUUCCUCUAAGGCACUGGAGCUGUUGACACCACCUGUUCCUGAUAAUGAGGGUGCUCGAGUGAAAGCCCAUGUGAGACGUGGAACAGCCUUUUGUCAGCUGGAAUUAUAUGCUGAAGGUCUCCAGGAUUAUGAAGCAGCUCUCAAGAUUGAUCCUAAAAAUAAAAAUAUAGAAAAAGAUGCUGAGAAGAUUCGACACCUAAUUCAAGGAACAAUGCAAGGUUCUUAAUUCAAAUAAACAUUAAAAAAAGUUUGACAGAGAUGCCUUUUGAGGACAUCA